UCUUCCCCUCGGGCGGCGGGAUGCUGUACACCUGCGACUCGGGCACCCACUCCCGGACCAUCCAGCACGACGGGCAGGUCAACCACCACCUCCCCACCCGGGUCGGGGGCGGCGGGCGCGACCGCAGACCGGCCGGCUUGCCGGUCUGGGGAAAGGAGAGCCUCAUGUCCCCGAGCACGGGUUCCCGAGCGGGGUGGCCUACGUCCCCUUUAAUGAUCGGGUGCUCGUGCAGAUCGACUUUAUGCGGAAGCUUGCGGUGCUGGGGAAUCGGCCGGAGCUGGUGUUUGGCGGUAAUGGGAGUGUUGUUCUGACGCUGAACCUUACCCAGGAGGAGAGGGAUAAGAGAAGCGCGGGGUGGAGAGCAGCGAAGCCGCAGGGGAGGGUGGAGGAAAUCGAGGAGGGUCAGGGCAAUGCUGAGGAGGUCUCGCGGAAUGACGCAGAAGGGUCUCAGGACAGGGUGGAAGCGGGCGAUGGAGCACCAGAUCAGGAGCAAGACGAGGACCCCGUGUCAACAGCCGACCGAUCACUCUCCCGACUCACCUUGCAGUCCUCAGACGAUUCAGACACUCUCGAGGAAAACAACAAGAACAUGCCAUCGACAGAUCCGGGAGAGACUGAGACGGCAGCCGCCGAAGAAAGAAAGGAAGUAGAAGAGGAAGACGAAGAAGAGUCUCCUCGCCACCUCACACGCCUGGAGCCGAUCUACCUCACAACCCGCGUCACGUUCACCGACAAGACCACGCGUACUACAAGACUCCCACCGACCGAGCACCCGCUUCUCAGCAUGAGCCAGGGCGAGAGGUCCAUAAUGAUCGCGAGUGGCCCCUGGCCGGGCAGUAUCUUUCCCUCGAGCCUUGCAGCGAUAUGGAACCGGCUGGUGAGCGAGUACUGCGCGCGCAAGCUGACCAACCCACGGGACAAGCUCGUCGCCAUGGCGGCGCUGGCGAGUGCCUUCGAAGCGCAGUAUGGGACGGACGUACUCGGGCAGUAUCAUGCAGGGAUCUGGCGCAAGUUCGCGGGGGAAGGGUUGUUGUGGUUUGCUGCGUGGCGAAGAGCAAGGCAGACAACUGAGGCACCAGCCAUCGAGUAUGAUGACAGAGCACCGUCAUGGUCCUGGGCAGCUGUCCGACGGGCGCAAUACCCGGAUCCAAAGGCCGAGAUCGAGAACGGGGUGGACUACAUGGAUCUCGACUUUGCCGUUCUCGCGCUGGAAACCACGACUGCGGAAGACAGUCCCUCGAGGGGCGCUGUUGCUGUGGGCGGAUACGUUCGAGUCUCCGGGCUUGUCAUGGACGUGUGGUGGGCGAUGGACUUCAACAGGCACGGCGAGCAGGUCGUCAACUUGUUCACCGCCCCCAGAGGUGAAAGGGUGGGUAAGUACGGCAGCGCGGGCCCGGACCAUGACUGGUUGUAUCCUCCCGAGGAUGGCACGAGGGAGCAUGUGCUGCUGUUACUUGGGAGGAGGUUUGUGCAAGGGGUCGGGCACAACCAGGAUCACGAGUGUGAGUGUCUGCUGCUGAGACCCAGGCAGCCAAGCUUGGCGGGAGACCAUGUGCCAGACGACGAGUACGUGCGCGUUGGCUUUGCAGGACCCGUGCUGUUCAAUUUCGAAGAGGAGUGGCGGCCCCGGUUCCGACAGGUCGAGCUGAGCAUCUUCUAGGGUUGUUCGCUGUGCCCAGUUGUCAUAAUUACAUACAACAUCAUGAGUAGAGCGACACGCCCGUUUCCCC